ACUUUCUGUUGGUAAUGCUUUGAGUGCACCUGGCACUGAUUGAUGAGACUGUCAUUUGGUUCAGCUGGCUUACUGCUAAUUGCUGAGUCAUUGUGUGUUCCACAGGAGAGACAUUGCGUCUCAUAUCUUCCUUCUAGUUAUGGCAAAGUACAGGUGAUGUCGUGGAGUGUGGGAUCUGGUAGCAGGAUGACAUUCGCCAAGCUCCUCCUUCCCUUCUUUAUUCUACACUCCUGUGAUGGAUCCAAUCAGCCGCCUCGUUUCCUGAACUACUUCUUCUCCACGUACCUUCUCAUCUAUGAAGAUAUGCCUGUUGGUUCAUCUGUGGCCCAGCUCAAGGCAAGCGACCCCGAGGGGGAACCCCUCAUGUAUGGGGUUUCCGGAGAGGAAGCCAUGCGGUAUUUUUCCGUGAACAAAGACACUGGUGUUGUGUGGCUUCGACAGCAGCUCGAUCGAGAGACCAAGUCAGAAAUGCAAGUUGAAUUCUACGUGAGUGACAUCCAAGAGGUGGUCAAAGACACAGUCAACAUUCAGAUUGGAGAUGUGAACGAUAAUGCACCCAUUUUCCAUGGGCAGCCUUACACCGUCCAUAUCCCAGAGAAUACACCAGUGGGCAAAUUAGUUUUCAUGGUCAACGCGACAGAUCCAGACCAGGGCACCGGAGGCAGUGUUCUCUUCUCCUUCCAACCAACUUCUCCCUUCUUCAGCAUCGAUGGAGCCCGAGGCACUGUCACUGUCAUUAAACCUCUGGAUUUUGAGACUACCUCAGCCUACCAGCUCACUGUCAACGCCACAGAUCAAGAUAAAGCAAGACCUCUGUCUCGGCUUGCCAACUUGGCUAUUACCAUUACGGACGUCCAGGACAUGGACCCUAUUUUCACCAAUUUGCCCUACAGUACCAACAUAGAGGAAGACGUUCCACUGGGUUACGAAGUGCGCAAGAUAACUGCCAUCGACCAGGAUUUGGGAAGACCGAGAGGGAUCGGCUACACCAUCAUUUCAGGGAACACCAACAGUGUUUUUGCCCUGAACUACAUCAGCGGUGCCCUGACAGUCAAUGGCCAGUUGGACAGAGAAAACCCACUUUACUCAGCAGGAUUCACGCUGACUGUCAAGGCCACGGAGCUGAAAGAAGACCGCAGUCCAUCAGAUGCCACAGUGAGGACCACCUUUACCAUUUUGCUCAUUGACAAGAAUGACAAUGCCCCAAAGUUCAACAGUUCUGAGUACCGCGUCCGCAUCACUGAACUCGCCCAGGUGGGCUUUGCACUGCCGCUCUUCAUCCAGGCUGAAGACAAGGAUGAGGGUGUAAACAGUAUGUUCCAGGUGUUCCUGACAGGGAACAAUUCAGAAUACUUCACCAUCUCCCCCACGGCUGUCCAGGGGCGGGCCGACAUCAGAAUGAGGGUUGCCAUGCCUCUAGACUAUGAGCGCAUCCGCAGCUACAGUUUCUCUCUCUAUGCCAAUGAGUCCAUGUCUGAUCAUGUGGGAUUCGCCCGUGUUUUCAUUGAUCUUAUCAAUGAGAAUGACAACAGACCCAUCUUCAGCAAAUCACUCUACAACAUCAGCCUCCCUGAAAGCACACCGAGUGGAACCUCACUGCUUCGUAUCCUGGCUACAGAUGGAGACGUUGGCACAUUUGGUAUCGUGCGUUACUACUUCAGCGAUGAGCCAGACCAGUUUUCACUAGAUGCCGAAACAGGCUGGGUGAUUCUAAGGUCCAAUUUGGAUUACGAGUUGAUGCGUCGCUUCACGCUGACUGUGCUGGCGAGGGAUGGAGAUGGGGAGGAAACCACUGGCAGGAUCCGAGUCAACGUGCUAGACGUAAACGACAAUGCACCAGUCUUCCAGAAGGAGGCGUAUGUGGGCUCGCUCAGAGAGAACGAACAGGCUGUCCAGCCGGUCGCCCGAGUCAGGGCAACGGAUGAGGAUUCUCCACCUAACAACUUCAUCACUUACACCAUCAUUUCCGUCUCAGCUUUCCCUGAUUUCUUCAGCAUCAUCAUGGUGGAAGGCUAUGCAGUUAUCAGUGUAACCAGGCCUCUGGACUACGAGAAGGUCCCUGGUGGGACAAUCCAUUUGACAGUGAUGGCCAAAGAUGGGGGAAACCCAGCUCUGAAUAGUACUGUCCCUGUCACAGUGGAGGUGAUUGAUGAAAACGACAACCCACCCAAGUUCAGCAAGCCAUCCUACAUCGUCAAGAUUCCCGAGAAUAUUAAUGCUGGAGCUACAGUGCUAAUCGUCAAUGCCACUGAUUUGGACGCCUCCCGAGAGUUCGGACAGGCUUCACUCAUCUACUCCCUGGAGGGAUCCUCCCAGUUCCGUCUUAACUCACGCUCGGGAGAGAUCACCACCACGGCCUUGCUGGACCGAGAGCUGAAGUCGGAGUACAUCCUCAUUGUCAGAGCUGUCGAUGGAGGCGUGGGUCCGCAACAGAAGACUGGCAUCGCUACGGUGAACAUCACCAUCCUGGACAUUAAUGACAACGCCCCCCAGUGGAGGGAUGAGCCGUACCAUGCCAAUGUGGUGGAAAUGAGCCCAAUAAACACAGACGUCAUAUCUGUGCUGGCAGUAGACCCUGACAAUGGGGGGAAUGGCACUGUGGUGUACAGUAUCAGUUCAGAAAACCCAUUCUACACCAUAAACAGCAACACCGGGAAGAUUCGCACUAGUGGAGUCACCCUAGACCGGGAAAGCUCCAACCCAGGGGACAAAAUUCUCAUGAGGACCAUCAUCGUGUCUGCUGCUGACCGAGGUACACCUCCACUGCGUGCGUCGGUGAGCACCACAGUAUUUGUCAACUUGCUUGACCUGAAUGACAACGACCCAGCCUUUGUCAACCUACCUUUUGUGGCUGAAGUACCAGAAGGACUCCCUGUGGGAUCAUCAGUGUUUAAGAUUCAGGUGGAAGACCCUGAUGAAGAUAAGAAUGGUUUGAUUACCAUGGCGUUGCAGAUGGGUAUGCCGCGUUUGGACUUUUCCCUGAACACCUCUACAGGAAUUCUCACUUCAUCUGCAAUCCUUGAUCGGGAGCAGAUCGGACAGUAUCAUUUGAGGAUUAUCGCAUACGAUGCAGGGAAAUUCCCUCGCACUUCCACUUCAACCCUCACUGUCACUGUCCUAGAUGUGAAUGACGAGACGCCCACCUUCAACCCUCGUGUAUACAACGUGUCCCUGAAGGAGAGCGUUCCGAGAGACCACAUUGUAGCACGCCUCAUUUGCUCUGACGACGACGCUGGCCUCAACGCCGAACUUAGCUACUUCAUCACAGGUGGGAAUCAGGAUGGUAAAUUCAGUGUUGGGUUCAGGGACGGCAUUGUGAGGACAGUGGUUGGCCUUGACAGAGAAACCCAGGCAACAUACACUCUGGUUGUAGAAGCCAUAGACAACGGUCCAGCGGGCAGCAGGAGGACAGGCACAGCCACCGUGUUUAUAGAGGUGCAGGAUGUUAAUGACAACAGACCCAUCUUCCUCCAGAACAGCUAUGAGACCAGCAUACUGGAGACUGUGCCGCAGGGAGCAAGCAUUCUCCAGGUACAAGCUACAGAUGCAGACCAGGGAGAAAAUGGCCUUGUCCUCUACAGGAUUGUCACUGGAAACAGUCACAACCUGUUCAGCAUCGACAGACAAACAGGGUUGCUGACCAGAGGCCCCCGGGCUUUGGACAGGGAGACGAGCAGCUCUCAUGUGUUAGAAGUGGAAGCCUACAACAGUGAUGAGGGCAGCAUGAGGAGCUCUGUGAGGGUGAUUGUAUAUGUGGACGAUACCAAUGAUGAGGUGCCAGUAUUUACACAGCAACAGUACAACCGCCUUGGCCUUCGGGAGACGGCUGGCAUUGGCACCUCUGUGAUUGUGGUUCGUGCUACCGAUCCUGACACCGGCGAUGGUGGAGCGGUAGCUUACGCUCUUGUGUCUGGAUCGGAUCGCAAGUUUGAAGUGGAUGUCAGCACAGGCCUGGUUACCACAGUGGACUAUCUGGACUAUGAGACCAAGACCACCUACCUGAUGAAUGUCUCAGCCACUGACCAGGCGCCACCGUUCCACCAAGGCUUCUGCACGGUCUAUGUCACUCUCCUCAAUGAAUUAGAUGAGGCGGUGGCCUUCUUCUCGGCUGGUUACGAAGCGUCACUGCAUGAGAAUAUCGCCACAGGGACAGAGGUGGUUCAGGUGCAGGCCCAGUCAGCUGACAAUUUGAACCAGCUGACUUAUAGAUUUGAUCCUGAUACAUCUCCUGCAGCCCUGGCCCUCUUCAAGAUAGACAGCGUCACAGGUCGGAUCACAGUUACAGGUCUGCUGGACAGAGAGAAAGGUGACAUGUACACCUUGACUGUCGUAGCUGAUGAUGGAGGACCUAAAAAAGACUCAACUGUGGUAAGGGUGUCAAUCACCAUACUGGAUGAGAAUGACAACAGUCCGGAGUUUGACAUUACAUCUGAUACUUCAGUGGACAUUCUAGAAAAUACCCCCAUGGGGAAGAAAGUGGCUGUAGUGCUGGGAAGAGAUAGGGAUGCUGGACUUAAUGGGCUGGUCAACUUUACUCUAGUGGCAGGCAAUAUGGAAGAUGUGUUUAAGAUCAAGACAGUGAAUCACACCUACGGGGAGGUCUUCGUCAAUGCUGCUCUGGACAGAGAGGCUGUGGAUCGCUACCUGCUCAAGGUGCGUGCCAUGGACAACGGUUCACCUCCCAGACACACAGACCACUCCCUCACCAUCAAUAUCCUCGACGUCAAUGACAAUGCACCUGUUGUUGAGAGUCAAAGAGGCUACAACGUCAGCAUAAGUGAGAAUGUUGGAGGAGGCACAUCAGUCCUGCGUGUCAUGGCUACGGAUCGGGACACCGGCCCAAAUGCCAUGCUGUUUUAUUACAUCACUGCCGGAAACCAAGACCUGACUUUCCGCAUGGACCGCAUGACAGGAGAGAUGGUCACACGGCCCGCCCCUCCUGAUCGAGAGCGUCAGCAGGAGUACCGACUCAUUGUGACUGUCGAGGAUGACGGCACGCCUCCUUUGUCGACCUCCACCACCAUCAACGUUCACAUUGUGGAUGAGAAUGACAACGCCCCAGAAUUUCCCGAGGAGGAGUACGUCACAGUGCUGAGCGAGGGUCCAGACACAGUGGGCGCCACCAUCGCUACAGUGACAGCCAUUGACCCUGAUGAGGAUCUGAAUGGCACCUUAAGAUAUGCCAUUACUCAGGGUAACCUGGGACAAACGUUUCACAUCAACAGCAUUACGGGGAGGAUUACAGCUGUGAAGGAGCUGGACUAUGAGAUCAGUAAUGGACACUAUGCACUGGUGGUCACAGCGACGGAUCAAUCACCCAAUCCUGCUCUUCGACUGACUUCUAGCACAACAGUGCUGGUGAAUGUCUUAGACGUGAAUGAUGUAACGCCCACUUUCCCCAGGGCCUAUGAAGGCCCCUUUGAAGUGACUGAGGGCCAGCCAGGUCCUCGGGUUUGGACACUCAGAGCCAGUGAUGAAGACUCAGGACUGAAUGGGAAAGUGGAAUACAUCAUCACCGGUGGAGAUAAUCAAAAUGAGUUUAUGGUUUCUCCCGUGGAGGGGGAACUUCGAGUGAGGAAAGAUAUCGAGUUGGACAGAGAGACCACCGCCUUCUACAACAUCACUAUCACGGCCCGAGACCUGGGCACACCAUCACGUAACAGCUCGGUUGUAGUCGGGGUCUAUGUCCGAGACAUCAACGACAAUGACCCCGUCCUCCUAAACCUGCCUUACAACACCAGUGUGAGUGAGGGGGCCUCUAUACAUACAUCCGUGGCCCGAGUCCGAGCUAGAGAUGCGGACAGUGGGCGAAAUUCACUGCUCUCCUACAACAUCACCUCCGGCAACCGGGAUGGAGCAUUCUACAUCAAUGACACAUCAGGUGUGGUGCAGGUGAACAGACCACUGGACAGAGAGCGAAUGGCUGAGUACAGACUUACGAUCACUGUCAAAGAUAACCCAGAGAAUCCUCGCAUUGCUCGCAGGGAUUCAGACAUCUUGGUCAUAACCAUUCUGGAUGAGAAUGACAACAGGCCUGUGUUUAGCAGGAACAGUUACAGGGCUGAGAUAACAGAGAACUCUGCAGCAGGUAGUACUGUAACGGUGUUGAAUGGGCCCAUUCUGGCAGUAGACAAAGAUAUCGGACCCAAUGCUGUGGUGAAGUAUCGCCUGCUGGGAGCCCGGGUAGACCUUUUUACUGUGGAUGCCAACACUGGUGUUAUACAUGUGCAGCAGGGAGCCAAGUUGGACCGUGAGGCGUAUCAGGAGCCUCGGAUAGAGUUGGUUCUUGUCGGGGAGGACAUUGGAGGAUUAAACAGCAGUGUUCCUCUCACAGUAACAAUUCUGGACCAGAAUGACAACCCACCUUUUUUCAGUCCUUCCAGUUUCAGUGUUAGACUCCCUGAGAACAGCCCUACUGGUGUGGUGGUGACCCAGUUGUCCGCCAUCGAUGCCGACUCCGGCUCUAACGGCUGGGUCAUGUACCGCUUAGUCAGCGGUGCUCAGGAUCGCUUUGUAGUUGAUGCCGUUUCUGGUGCCGUUCUGGUUGGCAACACCACCCUUGACAGGGAGGAGCGUGGGUCCUAUCGCCUGGUUGUCAUGGCAACAGACCGUGGCACGCCACCUAUGUCUGGCACGGCCACUCUGACGGUCAUUCUUGAUGACGUCAAUGACUCACGCCCCCGUUUUAUAGAACCCGUAACCAUGAUAAAUGUCAACGAGUCCACACCGCCUGGGGUGGUGGUCGCCACGUUGACUGCUGAGGACCCCGACCUGCAUCCCCGGCUGGAGUACUACAUCAUUUCAGUGGAGGCGAAGGAUGAUGGUAACAACCCUGUAGAAGGCCUGCAGGAGUCCUUUGGCAUUGACUUACACACCGGUGCUGUGUUCGUACGAAACCCUCUCAACAGAGAGCAGGUAGCGACCUUCGAGAUUAUUGUGUCUGUCCACGACAAUGCCAGUGAUGUUAUUGACAAGUCUGGCAGCGUCCCAAAUGCAAGACUAACCAUCAAUAUUUUGGAUGUAAACGACAACGCUCCUCGUUUCCGGCCCUUCGGAGUGACCAACUUCACAGAGAAGAUUUUAGAAGGAGCGCAACCAGGCACAACAUUGUUGUCAGUGUCCGCUGUGGACCCGGACAAAGGCCCCAAUGGUCAGGUCAUCUAUCAGCUGCUACACUUACCACGAGGGGGCUAUGUCAGACUGGAGGACCCCUCCACUGGUAAAAUCGUAGCAAACCAGACGGUGGAUUUUGAACAAGUUCAAUGGCUGAAUUUCACAAUUCGAGCACGAGACCAUGGAAGUCCUCCCAGGAUUGCUGAGCUUCCCGUUUAUCUCCGUAUUGUGGAUGUCAAUGACAACAACCCAGUCUUCUUACAACCGUCAUAUCAGGAGCCUGUUUUUGAAAAUGUGAACCUCGGCACAACUAUCGUUCGUGUCAGUGCCACAGAUGCUGAUUCGGGCCUAUUUGCUGUUGUUGAGUACAGCCUGGUAGACGGGGAGGGCAAGUUUGGCAUCAGACGGACCACUGGCGAGAUCUACAUCCUCUCCCCGUUGGAUAGAGAGACCAAGGACCACUACACCCUAACCGCUGUUGCCCGUGAUAACCCUGGCGGCACCUCCAACAACAGACGCGAGAACUCUGUCCAGGUCCUCAUCACAGUUCUCGAUGUCAAUGAUUAUCGACCACGUUUCUCCGAGCGAGCGUUCACCACCAGCGUGUUUGAGAAUGAGCCCAGCGGAACGUCGGUGAUCACAGUGAAAGCUACCGACCUGGAUGAAGGCGAGAACGGUGCAGUGCUCUACAGCAUGCUGGGAGCCCAUGCAGAUGCCUUCUCCUUGGACCCAAACACAGGCCUGGUGCGUUCUCGCCGUCUGCUUCAGUCGUCUGAGAGCUUCAACCUGACUGUGGUGGCCACGGAUCAGGGGCGCCCCCCUCUGUGGACGACCGCAGACCUCAUCAUAACAGUCAUAGACGUCAAUGAUAACAGGCCUAUAUUUGUCAGACCUGCUAAUGGGACCAUCAUACAUAUCUCAGAGGAGCAGCCUCCAGGCCUCCCGGUGUACGAAGUGUAUGCAACCGACUCCGACGAGGGGGUGAACGGAGAGGUGCGCUACGGCUUCCUGCAGACAGGAGCAGGCAACAGAGACUGGGAGAACUUCCACAUUGACGCCACGUCUGGAGUCAUUACGACGACAGUCAAACUGGACAGGGAGAAGCAGACCCUCCUCAGUCUUAUCAUUGUGGCCCGGGACAUGGGCCAACCGGUGCCUUACGAGACCACGCAGCCUCUGCAGGUGGCGCUGUUGGACAUCGAUGACAACGAGCCAGUCUUUCUCAAACCCCCACGUGGCAGCCUGCCUUACCAGAAGCUGACCGUGCCUGAGCACUCCCCUCCAGGGACGGUGGUGGGGAAUGUGACCAGAGCUGUGGAUGCUGAUGAAGGCUCCAAUGCAAUUGUUUAUUACUUUAUCGCAGGAGGAAACAGCGAUGGAAACUUUGGCUUGAGUAUAGACGGUGAGCUAAAGUUGUAUCGGGAACUGGAUCGCGAGGAGAACCCAGUCUAUACCAUUAUUAUCAAAGCCUCCAGUAACAAGAGCUGGAGUCCUUCCAGGGGUCAAAGGGCAGCACGGGCACGGGCCCUGGACCCUGCUCGAGACCCCAGUCUGCUUGAGGUCCGCAUUGAACUGGAAGACAUCAAUGACCAGAAACCGCGAUUUUCCAAAGCAGAAUACACUGCAGGAGUUGCUGCUAAUGCUAAAGUGGGCUCAGAGCUGAUCAAAGUUGUGGCGAUAGACAAUGACAUCGGCAACAACAGCUUGGUCCAGUAUCACAUUGUUACCAUCCGUUACUUCCAGUCUCAGAGCAACGGCAGCGAGGACGUCGGCAGCAUCUUCACCAUCGGUUUAACAGACGGCAUCAUCCGCACCUAUGACCUUUUCACGGCUUACAAUCCCGGAUAUUUUCAGCUAGAAAUUUUGGCAUGUGACCUGGCCGGACACAGCACUACCACUAAUGUAAACAUCUACAUCCUACGGGACGACCAGAGGGUCAAAAUCGUCUUCAAUGAGAUCCCCGAUUUGGUCCGUGAGAACCAAGAUGAUUUCAUUAAUCUUCUGUCCAACAUCACUGGAGCUAUCGUCAAUUUAGAUGACAUCCAGUUUCACGUGGACAAGAAGGGCAGGGUGAAUUACGCCCAGACUGACAUGCUGGUCCACGUGGUCAACAAUCAGAGCAACACCAUCCAAGAUGUUGAAAGAGUGAUCCAGAUGAUUGAUGAAAACAAGGAGCAGCUGAGAAACCUGUUCAGGACGUACAACGUGGUGGAUGUGCAUCCCGCCGUCAGUGGCACGCUUCCCGAUGACAUCACCACGCUGCAGCUGGUCAUCAUUAUUCUGGCUGUGCUGCUGUGCCUGGCAGGGAUAUUGUUUGUCUCUAUUAACUGGCAUUAUCGCAGAGUGCAUCAGAGGAAGCUCAAAGCUAUCGUCGCUGGAUCAACAGGGAACCAGGGAUUAAUGGAUAUUCUGGACAUGCCCAACACCAACAAAUACUCCUUUGAGGGAGCUAAUCCAGUAUGGCUCGAUCCAUUCUGUCACAACCUGGAGCUGGCUGCUCAGGCGGACCAUGAAGACGACCUCCCCGAGAACCUGAGUGAGAUAACAGACCUGUGGAACAGCCCUGCACGCACUCAUGGAACUUUUGGUCGUGAACCUCAAGCCAAACCAGAUGAUGAUCGCUAUUUGAGAGCGGCCAUUCAGGAGUAUGACAACAUCGCCAAACUGGGCCAGAUCAUGAGGGAGGGGCCUAUCAAGGGCUCCCUCCUCAAAGUGGUCCUGGAUGACUACCUGAGACUGAAAAAACUCUUUGCAGCCAGACUCGUCACAGUCUCCACCAGUCAGGGAGACCACUCGUCAGUCACGGAGCUGAUCCAGAGUGAUCUGGACGAUGACGAGGAUGAGCGUGUGAGCAUAGGCGGUCGCGGAACACUGCGCUUCAAACACAAGCUUCCUGUGGAGUUGAAGGGACCGGAAGGUGUGCACGUGGUCCACGGCAGCACGGGUACUCUGCUCACCUCCGACCUCAACAGCCUGCCAGAGGACGACCAGCGAGCUCUGGCACGUUCUUUAGAGGCUCUAAAUGCGGACGGUGGACUUUAUUCAGAGCGCAACGCCCGCACCGAGUCGGCUAAGUCAACUCCGAUGCAUCGUCACAAGGACGGGGAGAUAACGCAGAGCCCUCUGGAGAUCACCGAGUUAUGACUAGCCGAGGCCUCGCUGGUCUGAGCUCAAUCAUGACUCAAGUGUGUGUGCUUGUGUCUCCACACCGCCACCCUGACCCUGUUGGGAAGGCAUGACCAAGACCUGAGGAGGACCACUGCGCGAGUGGUUUUGUCCCUCAACAGUUGGGUUGGUUUAACUGGGUUGUGCUUCAAGAGCAGCUUCUGAAGGAGUGUAAUCGGUGGAUCAGCAUGUCAUCAACUUUCAUCCAAAGAUCACAAUGGAUAAAGAAUCCUACAGGAAGAGACUUGUACAACUAAAAGGUGCUGCUUUCUGACUUGUUCUUCUGAAGGCACACUUGGACUGCAUCAACUCACACCAACACAAAUGCACACACUCGAAAAAAAAUAGAAGCUCCUCACACUCAGACCAGCGAAUGGCCUUCAAUGGGACAAUGAAUAUUCAAAUUCCUAAUCAUAUUCUGAGUUUAUUUGCAAGUGUAAAAACAGUGUUGGUGGAGUGCAGAUGGAAUAUGAAGAUUUUUAUUUUAGUGAUGUUGGAAAUGCGAUGAUGCAGUCAACCGCGACGCCUCAAAAUACCCAGUGAUGCUUGAAAAAUAACAUUUUCCAUCUGCUUUGUGGAAGUAGUUGGAUCAAUAAACAACUGGCCAAGAGGCAACAUGCGGGUCCACUUUUCCGUCUUAAGCAUGUUUGUGGCAUACAUGGGAGACCUCUUAAAAGGGACUAUAUGCAACUUGCUCCAAAUUACCUUUAUUUUUUUUUAAACCCAAAAAUAUAAGACCACCACCACCGACUAGCAUAUGUUACCAAUAGUGGUUAAAAAAUAUAUACAAAUCAAACGGCGUAAAAAUAAUCAGUUAUAUGUCAAUUAUUGUCCAUAGCGUGUGCAAAUACAUAGAAGCGACCACCAAUAUGAAGUGAUUGUAUGGUUAUUAUAGGCCAUACAUUCAAUGGAAGCUAGAGUUAAUUUGUCAAAAUGCUGUCAUGAACUGACAAGCUGAAUGAGUGUGUGUGCGUGUUUCGUACUCACAGCAGGAAGAGGUGGGAUAUACUGUAAUGUUUUUUUCAAUGUUGGCGCGCUCUAGGCACCUGGAUGAACCUGCUGCAUACAGUCCCUUUAAAGAUGGCGGGGUAUGGAAGCAAUGAUAUGGCAAUGUCAGUAGUUUAACAAAGUCUGAUAAAUGAAACAAGUAUGAAUCGUAUUUGUCAUAUGAAGAUGGCAGCAUGCCCACAAAGAUUUACACUGCCACCAGAAGGGAGUUAGUCAUGCUCAAGUAGAGCAAUAUUUGCUUUAUUUUUUUAUUUUAAGAAAAAAUAUUGAAGUGAAGGUAUUUUUAAAGACGAAUGCCUGCUGACUGACAGGCAGGUGAUUAUUAUGUCUGUUGGAGUAUGUGUAAAUUGUGCAAUCGUGUUUUUUCUUUUCUAUGACAGUGUUUCUGAUGAGUGGUGUGUUUUUAAAGUUAAUUUUUAUAUUUCCAUUUCAUGAUUUCUUAUUUUCUUUGUCAUUACUGUCACCAGCCCUGAGAUCUGUGAUAAUAAAAUAUGCAAGUCUGUCACAUUGGUGGACAGGAUGAUGGGAAUGCAAAAACAUUUUCUUCAUGAUUUAAAACAAGUAAAAAAGACGUCUAUACAAAUAUUUGUAUUGUAAACUAGCAAGUGGAAAGAAAAUGUUGAACGUCAGCCAGUGGCACAGCCUAGAAAGUAUUGCCAUCUAGUGGUUGUAAAAAUAAACACAAAAGAGAGAGUUUGUAACCACACCAAAUCCAUUGAUUUAUUUCCAAGUUGUAUAGAAAAGUCAUCCA